AUGAGCCGGAGCACUGCCGCUGCUGCUGCCGGCGCUCGCUCGCUGCACUUCAGCCGAACAGCGCUGCUCGCUACCCCUACUCCAGGACCUCAGACGGUCCCUGCAACAGUGGGCUCGCAAACGGUGCACUCGCCGAGUAACAUGGAGACAGCCAGGCUCGCUGCGCAGGAGUCGCACGAAGUCCGGGCGUCUUACCCGGAUUACUCCAAAGGCCCCUCGGCUAUCGACAAGGCAGCGCAGCUAUUUUUCUUCACUGAGAUCCUGCGAGGAAUGUGGAUCACGCUGGAGAAUUUUGUCAGACCGCCAUACACGAUCAUGUAUCCUUAUGAGAAGGGUCCGCUUUCGCCAAGAUUCCGUGGGGAGCACGCUCUGCGGAGGUACCCGACAGGCGAGGAGCGUUGCAUCGCCUGCAAGCUCUGCGAGGCCAUCUGCCCGGCUCAGGCCAUCACAAUCGAGUCCGAGCCGCGCGAUGACGGAGCAAGGAGGACAACUCGAUAUGACAUUGACAUGACGAAGUGCAUCUACUGCGGGUUCUGCCAAGAGGCUUGCCCAGUCGACGCCAUCGUCGAGACGCAAAACGCAGAAUUCAGCACAGAAACACGCGAGGAGCUGCUGUACAACAAGGAGAAGCUGCUGGCAAACGGGGACAAGUACGAGGCCGAGUACGCCGCGAACCUCAAGCAGGUGAGUCGGCUUGCGCGAGUCUGCCUCGGACCUGGCAUUGCUUGA